UGAGACCUCUUCGAGUCAUGCUUGUGUGUUCUCCCUUUGUACAGUUCACCCUCAAAGCUACCGACCAGCUCUGAUUGGCAGCGGCAUUCACAAGUACAACAGCAUUUGCUUCGAAUAAGCGCUGCGAAGGUUCGAAUGUGUUCAGGUGAUACAGGCUGGAAUAGUGUUGUCUAACUGGAGAUCUCGCAGCGCCUUUGACGGUGCGACCCUGCAAAGCUAAUCGCCUUCGACGCGCUUAGCAGGUCACAACAUGCAAUCUCUGUACAUCGACUCAUUCCAUGGACCUACGAUGUCUAGGCAAACGUCCAAGACUGUCGAUCCCAACUAUUUCUUCGCGCAGAUUAUCAAAGACAAAGAGAAACUCGUCGUCCAUCCUGGAACCAGUCAAUAUACGAUAGGUGGCGUAUCUGCAUGCGGCCUAGCAUCUCUAAACUUUGCAAGAUUGGUGCUGGAUAAAGAGCGGGAAGGCAUUCGAGGAGCGGCUUUGCUUGCAGACAUUGCCUCAGUGCAGACGGUGAAGGACAUCGUCUCCAUCUGCUCCCAAUGGCAGGGCAAUCUUCAUCUCGAGGUCGAAACUAUCUUUGCAGCUCCUCUAUUUCAGACAUCGAUGAAACUGACAAAACCUAUCUAUGGAUUUCCAUCGGUUGACCGCUUCGAAGAAAUGCUCGGCGAUCUUGAAUUCGCAUCCGAUAACACUAGUGUGGCAGUCAUCACAAGACCACCUGAAAUUAUCGCCUGCGCAAAGGUUCCGACUCCCGAACAGAAUAUAUAUGUCAUUUUUGAUACCCAUCCUCGGCCUACUCAUCCAGAUGGAUCUGGGAUCACCUUUCUGGCAACCGUCGAAAAUGCAGCACAGCGACUCUCAGAUAUCUUGUCUGUCGACAGUCAUCUUCUCUCGGAGAGUGGCUUGCAGUGGCAAGCACAGUUGCUCGCGAAUUUCUCCGCCCACGUUUUUAUUCCAAACGACAAAUGGUCUACCGAUCCUGCUGACUUGACGCAAGCUCUUCUCGAAUCUAGCGUCACGAUUCUCACCCUUAAAGCUCAAUUAUCUGAUUUAGAGUCGCAAAAUCAAUCUUUGACAUCCACGACUAAUCGCUUGGAGGAAGAGAUCGACGAGCUACAGGAAACAUGUGAACAACUGAAAAAAAGACAAUCACAGAGUCAAAGCCGUUUUAUUCCACCAACAAAUGUCGCGACGAAGUGGCUCGGUGCGCAUCCUGGGCCUUCACAGCAACAAAAAUCAGGUAAGAAUUCGAAAGGAAAGGGUCGCGCACAAGAAAACAGCACGGGAUGGGAGUUUGCGCUCAAUCUACAGCGUGAAUUUGAGGAAGAGGAUCACCGGCUGGAGCAGGAGCGCCGUUCCCUAGCAGCUGAAGAACAAGUCUUAUUCAAUUGUGCCAUCUGCCUGGACACAUUCCCUGUGGACUUCGCCGCUUAUGUCGCCGAAUGCAACCAUUCCACCUGUAGAGAUUGUCUUCGGCAACAUUUGCUGAUGAAGUUGCACGAUCACCGAUUCCCCGUCUUCUGUCCAGUUUGCACUGACGGUAACAAGAAGUCGAUACUAUCGGAAACACUCGUCCUCGACAUUGGGGUACCAGAGAAGGAGUACCGUAUUUUUGAAGAGCUGCAGAUGUCUGCGUUCUCUAUCUUGCUUCAUUGCCGCCAAUGUAAGAAGAGCGCCUUUGUUGAUCGCACGGAAUACCAGGAAGCCGGUAUCAUCGCUUGUCCCUUGCCUGGGUGUAACCAUACCUGGUGCAAGUCUUGUCAACAGACUAUAGAUGUCACCGGCCCUCAGCAUAGCUGUGACGGAUCUUCGGAGUUGGAUUAUUUGAUGAAGCAACGAGGCUGGAAGUACUGUCCAGGCUGUAAGACUCCCGUGCAGAAGGAAAGCGGAUGCAACCACAUGACGUGCAUGUCGCCAGGAUGCAACACGCAUUUUUGUUAUAUCUGCGGCGGUAAAAUUGUGCAAUCGGCGUUGAGAGGUGACAUCCAAGCUGCGGUCUCGGACCAUUAUCGACACCGUUGUAUGUUGUUUGAAGUUCCAGCGGACGUGUAAUAGCUAAAUACCCUCCGCUACUAAUCAUUGCUUGUAUUGUAUCUUGUAUGUUACCUUAUCACAGUGUUGAUUCGAAAUACAACACUAGAAUCACUAAAGGUCGGUCGUAAUACCAUCACUGGAAAACAGGAAAAAUGGAUUGAUUGGCCAUCUCCGCUGUACUUAUUUUUGUAAUGAAGCACAAGGGAUAUGACAUGAGGAAGC